AGAUUCAGUCUCGAAAGCGAUACUGGCGAGUGUGAACGUGUUUACUUGGGCUUCGAUUGCAAGUACACAAACCAACUUUACGAUGGCAAUUACGCGGCUUUCCUGGUCGAAGCUGCUGUUUUUGUUUGCCUGGCUGUGUCUGGCAUUGGAUCCAAGUCGUGGAGCUCGAGUGGCCAGCGAUCAGUUUGUGUUUCCCUCGGAGUCCAGGCCAAAUGCCACAGCCAUCCGCCUGGAGUCCAGACUUAGGGAAAUCGAGCGGGAGAUGGCGGAGGUGACCAGAGCCACCAAUGUAAGCCUGCCAAUCCUCAAAGAAAUCAAAAAGGGCAGCCCGAGAACUACGGCUGCGGACAACAAGUCGCAGACUCCAGCAAAUACUCCAAAUGAGUCGAAAAACUUGACCGAAACCCGGAACAACUCGUCAGGGCAAGAGAUCAAAAUGAACGGAAUACCCAGCAUAUCCAAAAAUCUUACACAUCCCUCCACCGAGUCCAAGAUGAUCACCUUCGGCAAGGAAUCUGAGUCGGAUAAGCCUGCUCCUUGGGAUCAAACCAAAGCCAGCGCCGCUAGCAAUUCCAGCAGUGUGGUCAUUGGGCCCAGGAUUGUCCUGGAAACAACGCGAAUUUGUCCAGAGGGCACCACCCUGACUGUCAAUGAUCAUUGCCGGAAGAUUGCCUAGCCUGCAACUGAGCAUUAUUUGACAGUAGUUAAAUAAAUACGAGUAUAUUCAAAAGUAUUAAGUGUAAGCGAUCGUCUUGCAAAUCAUGUUUGUGUAUCAGAGAGCCACGUUUGAAAUAGCUGGGAGCCAAAAUAUUUGAUUAAAGAAAAGUUUUACAAAAUAUACCG